UUGGCGCUACUGUAUUAUGUUUCCUGUACUGUAGCCGUUAAUAAGCGAGGGAAAGACAGUCUAGAUUGCUCACGCUGGUAAGGUUCUGAAUAAAACUGAAAUAUUAAAAGGCAGACGAGAACACAGAGCGGCAAUGGACGGAGAUGUUGCGGUCGGUGUGAAGAGAGGCUCAGACGAGCUCAACAUGUAUGGUAGCAGUCCCAGCUCUAUGACAGCCAAUGGCAGCGACAGUAAGAAACAGCGUCUGGAUGAAGCCCCUCCAUCCAAAGUUCUUCACAUUAGAAAACUUCCCAACGAAGUGUCAGAAACUGAAGUCAUUGCUCUGGGGCUGCCUUUUGGAAAGGUCACCAACAUACUGAUGCUCAAGGGGAAAAACCAGGCGUUUUUGGAGUUGGGCACAGAGGAAGCAGCCAUUACUAUGGUGAACUACUACACAGCUGUCACACCACAGGUCAGAAACGCAUCUGUUUUCAUCCAGUACUCCAACCACAAGGAGCUGAAAACAGACUCGGCUCUUAAUCAGAGAGCCCAAGCAGUACUACAAGCAGUGUCAGCUGUUCAGGAUGGAGGCUCUCCAUCUUCUGACCCAGGUGCUCUGGACCUUGCUCCGCCACCCAGUCCUGUUCUGCGAAUUAUCAUCGACAACAUGUUUUACCCAGUGACGUUGGAUGUGCUUCAGCAGAUCUUCAGUAAAUUUGGGACAGUGAUGAAGAUCAUCACCUUCACCAAGAAUAAUCAGUUUCAGGCUCUGUUGCAGUUCAGUGACCCUGUCAACGCACAACAAGCUAAACUGUCUUUGGACGGACAGAACAUUUACAAUUCCUGGUGUACGUUAAGGAUAGACUUCAGCAAACUGGUCAACCUUAAUGUGAAGUACAAUAACGACAAGAGUCGAGACUAUACCAGGCCCGAUCUUCCCAGUGGAGACGGAGAAGCAACUAACAAAGACCAUUCUCUACUGGGUACUCCAUCUGGAGCUCUAGCUUCAUACUCCAGUGGAGGAGGUUACUCAUCAUCUCUCUCCCUCUCUCAGAGUGGAGGAGCCAUCAGUCCACUCAGUGCUGCAGCAGCAGCAGCAGCUGCCGCAGGUCGAGUUGCUCUGUCUGGCUCCGGUGUGUCAGGAGUGCUUUUAGCGUCCAACCUAAAUGAAGAGAUGGUCACGCCUCAAAGUCUCUUUACCCUCUUCGGCGUCUACGGUGAUGUCCAGAGAGUAAAGAUCCUGUACAACAAAAAGGACAGCGCUCUGAUCCAGCUGUCUGACGGCAACCAGGCUCAGUUGGCCAUGAGCCAUCUGAACGGUCAGAAGGUUUUUGGUAAAGUGAUGCGAGUGACGCUGUCCAAACAUCAAACUGUGGCUCUGCCCAGAGAAGGACUGGACGACCAGCUCCUCACUAAAGAUUUCUCUGGAUCUCCACUUCAUCGCUUCAAGAAGCCAGGGUCUAAAAACUUCCAGAACAUCUUUCCUCCCUCCUCCACACUUCAUCUCUCCAAUAUCAGAGAGGGCGUUGGUGAGGACGAUCUCCGUCUUCUGUUCUCCAACAGUGGAGGAACCGUCAAGGCCUUCAAGUUCUUUCAGGACCGUAAGAUGGCCCUGAUUCAGAUGUCGUCCGUAGAGGAAGCGAUUCAAGAGCUGAUUAAACUCCACAACUACGACAUGGGAGGAAAUCACCAUCUCAAGGUUUCCUUCUCAAAGUCCACCAUCUGACGCUCGUCACCAGAACAGCCACAAUCCUGACGUCCCUGCCGUUCUCCUUCUUUGAUUUGCCGUUCCCUGACCUCGUGUCUAGUCAUACACUGUCGUUCUUUCUAUUUACAGGCCAAAACGUCUGAGCCUGAAGUUAAAGUAAACAUUUUAUAUUAGCAUCUAAUGCCCGCUGACCUCUGUUGGCCGGUGUGAUGAUCUGCGCUUCUCUCACUGGACAGAACGGCAACAGGUUUGAUUUCGAUCUUGUUUGUAGUUUGUUAUUUUUCUCAAACCUUGUCUGCAGGACAACAACUCACAGUCGCCUUUGACUCAACACAUCACACUCUCUUUGUCUCUGAUUCUCCCCCGACAUUGAACAAUCAAAAAGAAAACAUUGGAAAUAAAUAAAUACAUUUCACUGAAGAUUCAGACAUUUAAAAUAAGACUGUUUCACACACACACACAGCUCCCUUCUCUUCUUACUGACGUAGUUGUUCUGUGUUUUCUGACAUAUUUGAAACAUUACAGGCAGAAGCACAAACGACUUUAGGGUGACAGAUUAAGUCUCACUCACUGAGCUACAGUUACCUCACUAUUAUGUCAUGUUUUAAAGGUGUAACAUUUCUCAAAACCAAACUGCCACUGAAAUGAAAGUUCUGUUUUGAAGUGUACCAUCCAGUUUAUGGUGAAGUUUUGAGACUAAUUUAAAAAAAUUAUUAAAACUUCUUCCACUUUUUGCAACA